ACAUAAACAAAUGGAUAUUAUUCUUGUGAUUUGUGAGUGGAUGUUUCAGGGAAGUUUCCCCCCUAUGUGUGUGUAUUUAUUUCGGCCUUAGGCCUUUUUGUGAGACUCACAUUGUAAUUCCAUUUUCCAUUUAGUAAUACACUUGUUGUGUUUGCUAUUUAAAUUCCUAAAUCUAUAUCUUAAGAGUGGUUAUCUUAAGUGUGAGUUUUAGGUUCUAGAUAUUUGAUUAAGUGUGUCAUAUCUUAAUUAAAUUCUAGAUUCAAACCCCAAGUUAGGAUAAGAAGUUGUGUGGUUUCCGCAGUGAUUAUAGGCUUCCUUUAUGGAGGUUGGGACGACCUCUAUUUCAUCUUCAUCUUCUUGGCACAGGAAUCCCGAUGAAAAAUUUCUGAGUAGCACUGAUGACAUCCUUUUUGAUUGUGUUCCAGCAGGUUCUGAAGAAGCAUCCAUUGAAGCCAUCUGGACCGGGGGCACUCCCAGGGUUGAGAGACCAAACAGCCUCUCUAAUCUCAUCUUCCAGAGGGCUGGGGUCUUUCUCAUAUUCAUCCUGAGCAAACCUGGCUUUAUCUUCAGCUUCCAUAAGGUGAUUGGAGUGAAUUCAGAUCCUGCCACAGUUUCCUCCUUUCUGAGCCAGAAAGGGCCUAUCCUCUUGGAUGUGUUUUUUUGGGGACUGUUUUUGAGAUUGAGUUGGAUGCAGGCAUUUUUUUGGAAGCAAAGGCUUUUGCUUCAGAAAGGGAUGGAAAAAUUGGGUUGUACUCUUGCUGUGGGGAGUCGGAGGGAUUGGAGAUAUGCCCGUCUUACCCUUGCCGAAGGGAGCUUUUCCGGUGGGUAAAUGGUGUUGGUUUAGAGCAUGAAAAUCAUGCUUGUGACCAAGCUUUUUGCAGAGGGUGCAGUACAGAGGUCUAUCUUCAUACCCACAAUUGGUCUCCCCAAUAAUGAACUAAUGGUGAAAAG